AUGGCUGGUACAAAGCUGACCGACACCAUUGCGCCGGUGGAGGCGGCCCCGCCCAAAUCGUCCGGCCAUCAAGAUGUGCACGAGACUUGGGCCUCGGACUCGUCCAUGAAGUCGAUCAUUGCGAAUGCCAAGGCGGCCACGGAAAAGGAACAGAGCAUGAGUCUGCUGCAGGGCAUCAAAUUAUAUCCCAAGGCCCUGGCAUGGAGUGUGCUCAUCUCGACUUGCAUUGCCAUGGAAGGAUACGAUAUCAGUUUGGUGAACAACUUCUACGCGUUUCCCCAAUUCAAUCGCAAGUACGGAGAACAGAUAGCAGACGGAUCGUAUCAAGUACCGGCCAGGUGGCAAUCCGGACUGAGCAACGGUGCCGCCGUGGGUGAGAUCAUCGGUCUCUUCAUCAACGGGUGGGCCUCGGAGCGAUUCGGAUAUCGGUACACCAUCAUGGCCUGUCUCGUCUUGAUCAGUGCAUGGACGGCCAUCUUUUUCACAGCCCAGAAUGUUCAGUCCCUCCUCGCGGCGGAGAUUCUCUGUGGUAUCCCCUGGGGUGUGUUCCAGACUUUGACCAUCACCUACGCCUCGGAAGUCUGUCCGGUCGCCUUGCGAGGGUAUUUGACCACCUAUGUCAAUUUCUGCUGGGGGCUCGGCCAGCUGAUUGGCAUCGGAGUCAUUCGAGCCAUGUUGACCCGGGACGACGAAUGGGCCUAUCGGAUCCCCUACGGCCUGCAAUGGAUGUGGCCCCUGCCUCUGUUCAUUGGAAUCAUGCUCGCCCCCGAAUCUCCCUGGUGGUUGGUUCGUCGGGGCCGCACCAAGGACGCCAAGCGGGCGCUGGAACGCUUGACCACCAAGCAGGAAGACUCCCAGUUCGAUGCGGAUGAGACGAUCUCGAUGAUGGUGCACACGACCGCCCUGGAGGCGAAGAUUACCAAGGGGGCCAGCUACUUGGACUGCUUCAAGGGCACGGACCUGCGCCGCACGGAAAUUGUGUGCAUGGUCUGGGCCAUUCAAAACUUGAGUGGUAACUCCUUCUCGAACUACUCGACCUACUUUUUGGAGCAGGCCGGUCUGGACUCGUCCAAUGCCUAUAACUUUGCAAUGGGCCAGUACGGUAUCAACAUGGUGGGUGUCUUUGGAGCCUGGUUCCUGAUGACCCUCGGCAUUGGCCGUCGCACCCUCUAUCUGUACGGCCUGUGUGGACUGUGCGCCAUGCUCUUGAUCAUGGGCUUCCUCGGUCUGGUCCCGGAUACCCACCGUGAUCAAGCGUCUAUGGCCACCGGAGCGCUGAUGCUUGCGUGGGCCCUUUUCUACCAACUGACCGUGGGAACUGUUUGCUACUCCCUCGUGGCUGAGCUCUCCACUCGUCGCUUGCAGAUCAAGACGGUCGUGCUCGGUCGCAACCUUUACAACGUGGUUGGUAUCAUCUGCGGCGUCCUGACCCCUUACAUGUUGAACCCGGGCGAGUGGGACUGGGGCAACUAUGCGGGCUUCUUCUGGGGGGGCAUCUGCUUUUUGUGCAUCAUUUACACCUACUUCCGCGUGCCGGAGCCGCGCGGUCGCUCCUUUGCGGAACUCGAUCUGCUCUUUGAGCGCGGCGUCAGCGCCCGCAAGUUUGCGACCACGCAUGUGGACGUGUUUGAUGAGACCAUUGAGGGACAUGUUGUCAAUGAAUACCGGGCGGAGAAGGGCGCCACGAAUGACCCCAGCCAGGUCGAGAAAGACGCUGGCACUGCAUGA